GACGGAGAUCCUCCAUCCUCAUGAUCUCAUGAAUAAAUUAUAGCAGCUCAUUGUGCAACAGAGGGAGGUAGCAAACUCGGCAGUGGUAACGCUGCCGAGGAGUGCACAGAACUCGGAAUCCACACGAGCGAGUGAGCUGCUUGCCCUCACUUUCUGUAACGUCACUGGCGAGAGUCAGCUAGCUAGUCUGGCUAGCGAAACUAGGAACUCACAGUGUGAAUCAGGAUCAGAUCGCGACCUUGCUGGUAGCCAGCGAGCUACAAAGAUAUAGCUAAGCUAGCUACUGUAUUGUAGCAGCGAGAUCAAACGGGGAGUAGGAAUUAUUUUACAUAUACAAUGAUGGGAAAUUCUACAUAGCUAGCCAAGGUAGCUUGCAAGCGAAACAGUUGGAUAGAUAUCUUGAGGAAGGCAGCUAACAUCAGCGACAUAACAAAUUAACUGGUUCUGUAUCAAUCCAUAGUGAACUAGGACAGCUAGCCGACACUAUUCUUGACUUCACUCCAGUGAUCUAGUUUAGGUGUCCACCUAGCUGAAAUCAUCUGAAAACAAGCUGGUCUUAAUAUUUCAACAUAUUUGUCUCAGCCUGCUGUGUAUCUACCGUGGACCAAAGACUGUAAGACGCAGAUCAACCUCAGGCAGUUAAGAGUCGAAGGCUGCCUGUUGGGUUGAGGAGUUUUUGGGGCUCCGUGCUGACCCCAACGCCCCUCCGAUGAACCCCAUCAACUCCAUGAAACCUGCCCUGCCUCCAACGCCACACAGUGACGGCUCCUACCCGUAUGACCCUGUCUCCUGGCAGCAAGGAACCAAUCAGCCGGCCGGUUCCCUCUCCGUGGUAACCACAGUGUGGGGGGUGACCAAUCCUUCGCCCAGCCAGGUUUUGGGCGCUCCCAUGGGUCCUGGCGGGAACUCCGCUGGAGGUCACAUGAUGCCGGGCAGCAGCCCGGGGAUGAGCUCGCCGCAGUUCAUGGGGCAGCAGGGGUACCCCGAGCCCGGGAAGGGGUACAUGCAGCAGGGCCUGUACGGGCGCCAGGGCGGGGGCUACCCAGCCGGCCCGGGGUACGGGGGCAGCUACCCUAAUAAUGGAGGGGGGUCCAUGGGCAUGCCCCCCCACGGCGUCCGCCCCCCCACGGACUUUACCCAGGCGGCCGCCGCCGCAGCCGUGGCAGCAGCGGCCGCCACGGCGACGGCCACUGCCACGGCAACGGUUGCCGCCAUACAGGAGAAGCAGAACCAGGAGCUGAAUUAUGGCCAGAUGGGUGGGGCUUCCUCCUACAACAGCCAGUUCCUGCAGCAGUCUGGGCCCCGGGCCCCCCCUGGGAUGACCCCCACGGGGAUGGUCCCCUCCCGCCCUCCCUCGAUGGGCCCCAUGUACACCACCCAGGGCCAGAGGCUGCCCCAGCACCCGGGCUACGCCGGGGGCCACCAGGGGCCCCCCCGCCCCCAGCAGGGCCUCAAACGCUCGUACAACUCUGAGCCGUUUCCGGGGCAACAGUACGGGCCAGGAAUGGGCAGUGUUGGGCCUUACCCAGGGCAGCCCAUGCAGUACCAUGGCCCCGGGCCCCAAAGGUCCGCCCCUUCCCCCUCUUACCCCGGGAGGAUGCCCCUGCAGCAGGCCAACAUGGGGCAGUACCCACCGGGGCCCGGAAACCCGGGGCAGUACUACAAGGCUGAGCAGUUCAACGGGCAGCCCGGCUCCCUGGGAGCGCUGACAGCAGGGGGCGCCAGCGGGGGAGGAGGAGGAGGCUACAGCUCCUUCAGCCAGGCGGCCGUCAACGGGCCGGGACGGGCGAUGCCAGGGUACCCCAGUUCCCCUCUCCCGGGGAACCCCACGCCCCCCAUGACCCCCGGGAGCUCCAUGCCCCCCUACAUGUCCCCGGGACAGGACGUCAAAUCGCCAUUCCUCCCCGACAUCAAGCCCAACAUGAGCUCCUUGCAGGCGCCCCCUACAGGGAACCCCAGCGAUGACCUGCGCCUCACCUUCCCCGUGCGGGACGGGGUGGUGCUGGACCCCUUCCGCCUGGAACACAACCUGGCGGUCAGCAACCACGUCUUCCAGCUGCGCGACUCCGUGUACAAGACGCUCAUGAUGAGGCCGGACCUGGAGCUGCAGUUUAAGUGCUAUCAUCAUGAGGACCGGCAGAUGAACACAAACUGGCCGGCGUCGGUGCAGGUCAGCGUCAACGCCACGCCCCUCACCAUCGAGCGCGGCGACAACAAGACUUCCCACAAGCCCCUUCACCUGAAGCACGUGUGCCAGCCGGGGAGGAACACCAUCCAGAUCACCGUCACCGCCUGCUGCUGCUCGCACCUGUUCGUGCUGCAGCUGGUGCACAGGCCGUCCGUGCGCUCUGUGCUGCAGGGCCUGAUGAAGAAGAGGCUGCUGCCGGCGGAACACUGCGUGACGAAGAUAAAGAGGAACUUCAGCAGUGGCACGAUCCCUGGGACCCCCGGGCUGAACGGAGAGGACGGCGUGGAGCAGACGGCCAUCAGGGUUUCGCUC